AUGCAAGCCAAGUAUAGCCAAAGUGCGUCAGACUACUCUCUCUUUGUUUGGAAAAGACCCCAGGGCCUUACCAUUCUCUUACUAUAUGUGGAUGACAUAUUGUUGAUUGGAGAUGAUAUAGAAGGAAUUCAGAACCUCAAGUUUCUUCUCCGUAGUUGCUUUCACAUGAAAGAUCUCGGCCCUCUUAGCCAUUUCUUAGGACUUGAAGUUCAAUGGAACUCUUGGGGUUAUUUUGUUUUCCAACAAAAGUAUACCUCUGAUCUUGUUAAGUUGGCCAACCUUAUUGAUGAUAAACGAGUUGAUACUCCCUUGGAGUUGAAUGUCAAAUUAUCCAAAUCAGAAGGCUCCCUACUCCAUGAUGCUUCCCUCUAUCGGAAGCUUGUAGGGUUUCCCAUCUAUCUCACCAUGACUCGUCCUGACAUCUCACAUGCAGUUCAAGUUGGUCUUUUCUUCUCUUCAUCUUCUUCUAUCCAACUAAGGGUCUAUGCUGAUGUAGAUUGGGCUGGAUGCCCUGACAUAUGCCGCUCCAAUACUGGGUAUUGUGUCUUCAUGGGUGACUCUCUAAUAUCAUGGAAAUGCAAUAAACAACAGACUGCUUCCAAGUCCUCUGCAGAAGCAGAGUAUAGGGCAAUGCCAUCUAUUUGUAGUGAAGUUGUUUUGCUUAUAUCUUUAUUUUAG